GCAGGCCCGGGGACCCCCAAAUCCUGAAAUUUACCGGUCCUUCCCGCCGUCCCGCUCCAGGCCGCGCACCUUUCACGGCAGGUUUUGAUUCCCACCAUGGCCAUCACUCAGUUUCGGCUAUUUAAAGUUUGUACCUGCUUAGCAACAGUAUUCUCAUUCCUAAAGAGAUUAAUAUGCAGGUCUGGCAGAGGAAGAAAAUUAAGUGGAGACCAAAUAACUUUGCCAACUACAGUUGAUUAUUCUUCAGUUCCAAAGCAGACAGAUGUAGAGGAGUGGACCUCCUGGGAUGAAGAUGCACCCACAAGUGUAAAGAUUGAAGGAGGGAAUGGCAAUGUGGCAUCACAACAAAAUGCUUUGGAACAACUGGAACCUGACUAUUUUAAGGACAUGACACCAACUAUAAGGAAAACUCAGAAAAUUGUUAUUAAGAAGAGAGAACCGUUAAAUUUUGGCAUCCCAGAUGGUAGCACAGGUUUCUCCAGUAGACUAGCAGCUACACAAGAUAUGCCUUUUAUUCAUCAGUCGUCUGAAUUGGGUGACUUAGACACUUGGCAAGAAAAUACUAAUGCAUGGGAAGAGGAGGAAGAUGCAGCCUGGCAAGCAGAAGAAGUUCUGAGGCAGCAAAAAAUAGCAGACAGAGAAAAGAGAGCAGCAGAACAACAAAGGAAGAAAAUGGAAAAGGAAGCACAGAGGCUAAUGAAGAAGGAACAGAACAAAAUUGGUGUAAAACUUUCGUAACAAAUACUCUUCAAAUGUCAUUGUGCCAGUAGGAGAAAUCUGAGCUCCACAGCCCAUACAACAUUUGUAUGGAUUUAAGAGUAUUUAUGGAAUACAAAUACACUGCUUGAUUUUAAUGCAUUCAUCAGGCCAUUCAGGAGACCAAGAUUCUCCCAAAGUACUUGGAACUCUUAGUGAUUGAGACUCAAAAGGACAGAACAGAUGUACGCAACUAUUUUCUUCAACAUUCUCCAGACAUACAACAUUGUUUGCUGUAGAAAAAUUAUUACAAAUGGAAUAUACCAGUACCUCUCAAGCUAAUGUUUCUAGCUAAAUAAAUGGGUGUAAAUAAUUUUAUGGUGGAAAAGAACUCUGCUAUCUAUUAUGUUUUCCUUCAAUGUGUAUAAUUAUAAAAUAAAUAAUUCUGCUAUUUUUUUGUUUCCAUGAUCACCUGACCUAAAUUAGACAGACUAUAGGUAGGGCUUUCACUUCCUUAUUUUCAUUGUAAGAAGCUAUGUUGGCAUACAUUUACUCUAGUGAGAACUGGUAUUGUUUUAUAUAUCAUUAAGGAAUUUGAUGAUUUGAAUUUUUAAGAUGACAUUAAAUGCAAUAAUUUUAUUUAUCAAAUAUUUUUACAUCAUUUUCUUUCAAUGAUGUGAUAUUAUACAUAUUUGUAAUUUAUAUUGCAUGUAUAAACAUUGAAAUCGACCAACAUGUCCAAUUUGUCUUAAAUUAUUAUAACUUGUGAGUUUUAAGAACUAGUAUUAGUACUCCUACCCUUUGUUACAGAUUAAAGAUGUUUUAGGGUCCUUAAGUACCAUAGUUACUCAAAAGCCAUUAAUUUACAAGUGCAGAAAGCCUUUAGUUCUAGUACUUCAAAGGUCUUAGAUGAUUUCUAUAUCAGUUUUAUAUAUCUGACAUAAUGCUGCCUUUUGACAUCACUGAUUCAUCAAAUUUCUAAUCAAGUUAACAAUAAUCAUCUCUUAUUAAUAGUGUUGAAUACCUUGACUAGAAGAAAUAAUUGCACACUGUACUUGUAAGGAAGUAAAAACAUCUGAUAAUUUACCACAAUUAAAAUACAGCCUGAUUUUCUAUGCAUUUCAAAUUUUGAAGAUUUUUACUUUCUUAAAAGUUAUUGACCAGAAUUAAUAUAUAUUUGAAUCAAAUUAGUAUUUCAUAGUAAAAUCAUUAACUAUGCAAUGAGAGUUUCCUAAAUCUUUAAAACAAACUUCCAGACUAAAUGUGAUUAUAGAGCUUUGGUGGAAAGCUGGUUAUAGCUGGAAGCUAUACGUGUAAUCAAAUUGAAUUAGACGCAAAAUUUUAAUAUAAGUCUACUACUUACCUAUUUCGUUAUUUUUGUCCCUUUAGUUACACACAAGAUUUCUCUAAAUUUGAAAUUCAUAAAGGAAAACCCAUUUAAUUACUUUCACUGAAGCUUUCUUUAAUAGAUGUGUUGAAGCAUGAUUUUCAUGUUUGUGAAGGUAGUCCUUUUUGGCUCUUUGGAUUUUGAUUGUAGAAAGAGCUAUUAGAAAUUAUGGCUUACAUGAUUAAAUAGGAAGAAAUAGAUUUUUCUCACAAAAAGAACAACUCUGAAGAUUUAUUUUCAUCUUUGCUAUGUAAACUAAAGUCUUUUAUUAAGGAUAUACAGAUCGUGGCCCCAAAAGAAAUCAUUAAGUUAAAUAUGAUAAAUAUCCCAUGGUAGACAUACCGUGGCUGUCUUUGCUCCUGGAUUUACGGCUUCUUUUUAAGUGCUUUUAAUUUUAUGAAGAAUUACUAUGUAUAAAAGGAAAUCUGGGCAAGCUUACUUAACUAAGAAGUUCUACCCAUAAUCUGAAAUGUGCAUUUAAGAUUUAAAAAAAGAAAUCAAAGAUGUAUGAAACUUGUUUCAUACUCGUAAAGACAGACAUUUAAUGGUUCCAGCCAUUUUUUUUUCUAUUAGGCUUUAGUUUAGCCUCUUCUGACAACCUAUUUAAUUGGACAUUUUAGAACUUGCAAUUUAAAAAUUCUUCAUAUGAAUUCUGUAUUUUGACAUUCACUUGCCUCUGGCCAGAGCAAGAGUUUUCUGGCUAUAGAUUUGUUGUUGGGCAGAAUCCACAUUUGUAUUAGGUUUCUAACACUACUUUGGAACCAGCUACUACCGUAACAUAGAUAACUAUAGUCAAAGUUUUAAAAAGCCUAAAUAUUUGUUAAUAGUCUGUUAUCUAAGGUCUGGGCCACCUAUAGUUGAUGAUACAUAUUUUUUAAUCCUAUGUAGUUUGAAUUUGUGAUAAUCUACUGCUGUGAUUUUUUAUACUGUCCCCUUGUUCAAAAGAUUUCUCACUGAGUGUAGAAGAGAGGCCAAUUGUUAUAAGUUGAAUAGUUCUUGCAGAAGCUUGCUGGGGAGAGUGUCUAUGGAUUGUUGCAAGGAAGAAACUUCUGCACUUUUAGCUAAUUUGAGGGCUGAAGAAGAUGCUGGAUCUGAAGAGUGUGAUUGAGUUAAUAACUUAAA